AUGCGGGCUCAUGCCCCACUGAAAAUCCGACAGGUGACAGCCACCAAGGUUUUUGAGCAUUUCAAACGAAUUUAUGCCCCUUUAAACAAUCCUACACUGGCCACCGAGCAUGCGAAGAGACAGGAAACCCAGAUACUUGAGAGCACCACGAAUGUAGCAGGAUAUAAACAACAAGCAACCACGGUGCUCCUGGCCCUCAAACGACGGCCCGAAGCCAUCGAUCCCAGCGAUAUCGGUAUUGUUGGAGACUGGGUGGAUCCAGCCACCAAGCCAAAGAUCGACAUUGUCGAAGAAGCCAACAAUUUCUGUCUUUCCGUGGACAUGAUGACGCAGCUCGGCUAUCCUCUGGCAUCGCUGCUUGCCCCAUCGGAACCUAUACCAACCAUUGUAGGCACAGAACGAGAGUGUUGCCGGUGCAAAAGAAACUAUAUCGUCAAAGAUGUGUUAGAUGAAACCGACGUGACACUCUGUGAAUAUCACUAUGGUCGUAGCCGAGUCGUAAGACAGUAUGGCGAAAAACAUAAAAUAUACACUUGCUGCAAUGGAUCAUUCGAAGAUAAGGGAUGUACACACGGACCGCAUGUUUUUAAAGAAACGGAUUUGCAGUCUCUCCAUAACCUUAUUCCAUUUAUUGCAACACCAGCAAAGGAUCCUUCAUCGACUACGCGUCGAAAAUUGGUCGCCCUGGAUUGUGAGAUGGCAUAUACAACAGCAGGCAUGGAGCUGAUCCGUCUGACGGCUUUGGACGAGCGCUUAGAAGUUCUGCUGGAUGAGCUUGUGCUGCCGUCCCAGAUGUUGAUCGAUUUGAAUACCCAGUUUAGUGGUGUCAAAACACUGGAAGGUGUAAAACACGAUUUAACCUCUGUUCGACAAGAACUGUUCAAAUACGUGGACGCGGAUACGAUUCUCAUUGGACAUGGCUUGGAAAACGACUUGAUAGCAAUGCGAGUACUUCACGAAAAAUCCAUCGAUACAGCUGCUUUAUUCCCUCAUCCGGAAGGCCUUCCCUACCGCUACAGUCUUCGACUACUUUGCUCCAAAUAUCUCUCCAAAUUCAUUCAAGAUGGUUCGGAUGGCCACGAUUCAUACGAAGAUGCGAAAACCUGUAUGGAGCUGCUAGAGUUUCACAUCAGGAAGCAAAAGAAAUAA